UUGCAAACGGCAUGGUGUCAUGAGUUGUGGCUGCUUUUAAGUUGACGGUCGUUUCUGAACAGAGCAGGUCUGGAGUUUAUCCUCGCGCUGUGAGAUAAAAGAAGCUGUUCAGCACUACAGUGGACACUGCAAAAGAAAACUGUAAACAGCCCAUGGCGUUAACUGUGAACUGGUGGACUCUGGCUUUGAGCGCCUGUCUCGUGCUGAUGGUUCGCGCCGAAUGCAGCAGAGACUGUGCGCUCUGCGUUUACCGGCUGUUCCGUCAACGGACAGAAAUGGACACACUGACCUGCUCAUUACAGUGUGAAGGGACAGUGGACUCCAGAAAACUAGAAAUCUGCAAAAAAAUCCUCAGUGAAGAGGAUAGCCUUGCAUUGGACACCCUCAGACAACAGGAAGAGAGUGCAGACCAUCUUCUCACCAAAAAAUAUGGUGGAUUCAUGAAGCGUUAUGGGGGCUUCAUGAUCAAGAAAGCAGCAGAGAUUGGCAUGGGAGCCCCACCUGAGAAUGACGGCAUAGAGGUCAUUAGUAAGAAAUAUGGAGGCUUUAUAAAGAAGGACAAGGUAGAAGGUGGAGUGGAAGACCAACAGGUGGAGCUGUUGAGAGAGAUCCUCAGGGUAGGUCUCACCUCAGAGUCAGAUGAGCAUCAUGAUAGGGAUAUGGUCAAGCGCUAUGGGGGAUUUAUGAGGAGUGUACAGGGUCUAGGGGAGCAAGGGAGAGACUUGCACAAGAGAUAUGGGGGGUUUAUGCGCAGAGUGGGCAGGCCUGACUGGUUGGACAACCAGAAAAGCAGUGGGUUUCUAAAACACACUUGGGAGGAUGGAGGCGAGACUGUCCUGCCCAACAUGCAGAAGAGAUAUGGUGGAUUCAUGGAUUAGAAUGUAAACAUGGACACCAAUCGUCAACAAUCUGUUCCUACUUUAUGUAGAGCAUGCACUGUAUUGUACUUGCACUGUAAUUUAAUGUGAUGCCAUUUUAAUGAAUAUUUAUUUUAGGCUGAAUAUGCCUCCAUAAUGUGAAGUACAGUUACAUGUGUGUUCUCAGUGAAUAGGGUUUGUGUCAAAAAAAAAAAAAGGAUUGAAAAUAUUUCCCCAUCCUCUGUGUUAACAGUGGAAUCACCCAAUCACCUUUUAGAAUUGUUCACAUUGUAUCUCAUCACAUUAACUAGUGUGCUUCAGUCCUUAAAUAUUGUAGAUGAGGUUAAAUCUGCUGUCUGCACUUGAUAUGUUGAUAUGUUGUUGAUUGAUGCAUUUCUUUUAGAAAACUUUUCAACAGCUUUUGUUCAUGUUUAAAUCAAAUCAACAUUUCUGAGCUAUUAGCUGUAUAUAAUACAGUAUAAUACAAUAAAUUAAUCUAACUGCAGAAGUAAAA